AUGAGUAUUUCUCAGGUCCCAAACGAUUUGGUUGUGAAUGAAGUAUCUUAUGAAGUGAAGAAUGUUUGUGAUUUGAUGAAUGCUGUGUUUUUCGAAGCAGUUUGUGAAAUUCAGAGACUAUUGAAGGAGAAAUGUCCUGGCUGCGAAGUCGAUCAUCCAAGUCAGAGGAGACACGACUGUAUUAUGUUGUCAGAUGAGGAGGGAUGGUUACUGCAUGGUUUGGAAGCAGUGGAGCAUGUGAUUGAGCAUGGAAUUGUGAGGAAACAGUUUCUUGAAGCUAUUCGAGUGAUGAAAUUGGAAUAUUACGGGUGUGCGAAAGAACAUUAUGUGAACUUGAUAAAAGAUCGUGAAGUAACACUUGAUUUUUUGGGGGAUUUGAGAGGAAGUUUUUCCUAUUAUCAACCCAUUUUGAACUACCUAAUGUAUUGGAGGGAAGAACAUUGUGCAUAAGACACAUUUAGUUUAAACCAUUUAUUUAUUUAUAAAGUUGUAAAAGAUUUUUUAACAGAGAUGUUUUGUAAAACUACUAAUGUUUUUUGAGAACAAAGAUUUUACAAUUUACUGAGUUGUUCUCAUAGUUUAUUUUUUAAAUGUUUCUGAAACGCUUUUUUAUGAUCCGUUUCAAGGGAUUUGAAUGUUUCCUUUGUCCCUUUGACAUAAUAGGUGUAUCUUGGCGGUGAGCUGAAAUGACAUUGAGCAUAGGAUUCCAGGGGGUCAGUUUGUGGAUUCCAUAUGUCAUGUAGAAUACGUAGUAAUGGUCGAUUGUCUUGAUAUACUUGUAGUAAAAUGUAGACAAAGUUUUGAUCCGGUUCUUCUUGCAAACACAUCAAGUGCUGUGUGAAAUUUUUAUGAUUUUCUACGUUUAGAAUUUUGAUAGCGGCCAUGAAUUUGUUCCAUGUGGAGGACGUGUUGUGUUCUAUAGCGUUGAACCUGUGCAUUCCCCAAGUUUCGUGUUCAUCCAUCAUUAGACAUCCUGUUUGUAUACUUUACAGCCACAGCAGCAUUCAUUGCAUAUUUUUUUAACCUCACAUGCUACGUUCUUAGCGUAGAUUACUUCCAGUAAGUGAAAUAUUGAACCAGCUAUUAUCAGUCAGUGUACAACUGUUUGCCGUGCUUUUUGACAGGUUUAAGAUAUAUACUUUUUAGGCAUUUGUCGUGUAACACAUUUGUUCCAUGUCGCAUAGUGUUUGUUCCACUACAUUUGUCACAUAGCGUUUGUUCUAUGACCUUUGUUGCGUAACACGUAUGAUGUGACCUUAAUCUUGAUCUUGGAAGCCAGUGCGGAUUUUGUGCACUUUUGGCGCCACGAUGACGCUCAUAUAUGUGUGUGACGAGGCAUUUUGGGGCAAAAGCGAAGAGGGCAAGCAGAAGUAGAAAAAAGAGCAAAGGAACUGUAAACAUGGAUAGAUGUGAAAGGCAUAAUGAGAGGCAUAGGAGGUAUACGGCAAGGCACAGGCAACAGGAGGAAGAGGGAGAUAGGGAGCUCAUGCAUUUGCACGAGUUCUAUGGAGCCAUGAUGAAUGUUAAUUUUUGGUACCACAACCAUCCUGAGGCGUUUCUAGAGGAAAUGAUUGCUCUGGAGGAGAUUUUGCUGAAUCUACAGUGAAGAAAAAACGGCUCUUUUAAGAGCCACCAAAUCUAUGAAAGAAUAUGAGCGGUUCGAAAUUGUGUAUAAUUUUUUUUCAUGUAGGUGAAUUAUUUGCAGGGGAAUUUUUAUGCAGGUAAAUUGAAUAGUUAUAAGGCAACUUUUUACGUGUGAGGCAAGUGCAAAUAUCGUAUUCGUUUGAAUUCUUUUAUAUAUUUGUUGGUUCCUAAAGGAACCAGGAUUUUUUUCUUCUUUACAGUUGCUGUUCCAGCCACAAACCGUACGCUUCCACCUCAACUUUGGGACAGUGCUGGUACACGUUAACUGCCAGGUGUUUUCCACAGGUAUCCAACCAUAUCAUCAUCGAACUGUUUUUGCGCUUUUGGGCAACCGAAGCAUUCUAGGUUUACGAAUGGAAUGUUAAGGUCUGCCAGCAGGUUUUUUUCGUAAUUCCCGCCCUUGUACGCAACAAGUGAGUUCUUGUGCAUGCUACCAUAGAGGUUUCUGACUAUUUCCUUUAGGGCUGAUAACGGGAUGGCAUCAACUCCAGCUAGUACAUCAAAGGGGAGUUUAUGGAUGUGAGUUUGUCCUUAGAUCUUUUGGUGCCAAAUCACGCCAUCGCAGACCGAUGUCGAAAAAGGAUUGUGCUGUAGCAUCUCAGCUUUUUAGGAAGCCCGGUUCUUUGCAGAGAAAUUUCCCAUUUACAGAAAAUCUGUCCAUAUCGAGAAUUGCAGCAAUAUCCUUAAGACAGUAAGACAUUUUGAAAUAUUGAACACAAUUUUCGAUUUGCUUUAUAUCAUUUUAAUAGCGUUGUUGCAUAGCAUUUGUCGCAUAACUUUUUUCAUGUGACACUUGUCGCAUAGCAUUUGUCGCAUAACUUUUUUCAUGUGAAACUUGUCGCAUAGCAUUUGUUCCAUAACGUUUGUUGCAUAACAUGUAUGAUUUGGCGGGUUGAAUUUUUUUUUUGUAUAAAAGGCAGGAAAAAGUGUUUAUUUUAAAGUUAUAGCAAUGGAGUGUAUGCAUUGAAAACCCACUUCCAAUUCAACUACAGACAAAGGCUCCUUUUGGUUUUGUGGACAGAAGCCCAGCUGUGGAUUUCUAUGUACAGAAGAGGACGGUUAUCUGUUCCAGACAGCUCUGGCAGCUUGGAGAGCCAUGGGUUUGACGCAGCCGAUAUGCGAGAGUCACCGAAAGCCAGCGAAGUUUUGUGUAGUUAAAGACACGCUGAAAAAGUCUUAUGGGCGACCUUAUUUUACGUGUGCAAGUUGGGAGAAUCCUUGCUCCUUAUGGAUGUGGGCAGAUGAGAAGAAAUUGAGAAACCCAACUGCUAUCACAACGAACCGUGCACCGUGA